AUGCAACCCAACAUGUCGGAAACUCAGUCUGACUUAACCAUGGAACCCUUGGACAUACCACCAUCGAGAACCUACCCAGUGUUCUUCCUUGGACUUAUGACUUACUGCAUCAUACUGGUCUUCAACCUGACUGUCCUCCUCACCAUCAUCCUCAACAAGCAGCUGCACAAGCCCAUGUACCUGCUGCUAACCAACCUGACCAUCAAUGACAUGCUUGGUGCCACUGCUUUCUUCCCCCAACUGUUAUCCAGCAUUCUACUGCAGAGCAGGUCUAUUUCAUACCCUGCAUGCAUUCUGCAGACAGUGGUUGUCCAUGUCUAUGGUUGUGGGUCCUUAAACAUCCUGAUGUUCAUGGCUUAUGACAGGUAUGUUGCCAUCUGUCAUCCUCUGAGGUACCAAUUGAUCAUGACCCCCAGCAUUUUGUUUAAGAUGAUUGCAGCUAUAUGGCUCAUUCCGUUUCCUCUUGUUGGAAUAUUGUGCUCUCUCCUGACACGCUUUAAGUUUUGCCGGUCAGUAAUCACAGAUAUGUUCUGCAACAAUCCCUCCUUGAUGAAAUUGAUCUGCGAGGACACAAGCAUCAAUAAUUACUAUGGGCUGUUCAUCACCUUCUGUGCCAAUGCUGUCACACUGUGUGCACUAGCCUUUACCUAUAUUCAGAUCUUGCUUACCUGUCUUUUUAACAAGCAUUCUGAUACUAAAAGCAAGGCCGUACGGACCUGUGGUACGCAUUUAGUUGUCUUCAUUCUCUAUGAACUCACCACUCUGUUUGCUGUGUUGGCCCACCGAUUCAAUGAGGUAUCACCUUUUCUGAGAAGAUGUGCUGGAAUCUCAGUUUUAGUGUUCCCUCCCAUCCUUAACCCCCUGAUUUAUGGCUUCAACAUGAAUGAAAUUCGGAGCAAAGUAAUUUAUUCAUUAAACAAAAAAGUGUCCCCCUUAUUCAUACAGAGGAGUACUAGCCAGCAGACAUUUAGCAGAUAA